AAUGAAUUGCUAAAUAAGGGACAACGUGGCUUUUAUAUAUUUUUUUAAAUGAAAAAAUUCCCACCGCACAACAACACAUUACACGUACCUAACUUUUUAUCAUCUAUAUCAUACUAAUAAUGCCAAGCUUCAGACAAACCCGUCCAUCCAUUUAUCCACAGUCAACAACUAAUUGCUCACUGAAAACAAAAGCCCAGGAGCUCAAAGGGAUAGGUAUAUCUAUUAUCUGUGUAGGGGAUAUUGUGAUGAAGGAACAGGGUCUCAAGAUUGGCGUUGCCACAAUAAUCACAAUGCUUGUAACGCUGUCAUUGAUGUGCACAUGUGAAGCAAGCACAAGCAGCAACAUCCAUCCGUUGAUUCUAAUACCUGGUAACGGAGGGAACCAACUAGAAGCCAGGCUGACACCUCAGUACAAGCCCUCCAGCUUCAUCUGCGACACAUGGAACCCUCUUGUCAAGAAAAAGAAGGGAUGGUUCAGGUUGUGGUUUGAUUCCAGUGUCUUACUUGCUCCUUUCACUCAAUGUUUUGCUGAGCGCAUGACGCUUCACUACCACCAAGAACUCGAUGAUUACUACAACACCCCCGGGGUUCAGACCCGGGUCCCUCACUUUGGUUCCACUCAUUCCCUUCUUUAUCUCAAUCCUCAUCUAAAGCAUGUCACGGAAUACAUGGCAUCCCUAGUAGAUUCAUUAGAACAGAUAGGUUAUAUUGAGGGUGAGACUCUGUUUGGAGCUCCCUAUGAUUUUCGAUAUGGUCUAGCUGCUCAAGAUCACCCAUCUCGAGUGGGGUCCAAGUUCCUGAAAGACCUAAAAAAUUUGAUAGAAGAAGCAAGCACUUCCAAUGGAGGGAAGCCAGUAAUACUUCUCUCACAUAGCUUAGGAGGUCUAUUUGUCCUCCAACUCCUUAAUCGAAACCCUUCCUCUUGGCGCAAGAAAUUCAUCAAACACUUUGUAGCACUUUCUGCUCCAUGGGGUGGUGCCAUAGACGAAAUGCUCACCUUUGCAUCUGGCAAUACUCUUGGAGUGCCCCUAGUGGACCCUUUGAUAGUGAGAGGUGAGCAGAGAAGCUCUGAGAGCAACCUAUGGCUUUUGCCCAAUCCCAAGAUAUUUGGUCUUCAAAAACCAUUGGUGAUCACUCCAAAUAGAGGCUACUCAGCGAUGGACAUGGUUGAUUUUCUCAAAGACAUUGAUUUUCCUGAAGGGGUUUAUCCUUAUGAAACUCGGAUUCUACCCUUGAUAGAGAAUAUAGAUGCACCAGAAGUGCCUAUAACUUGUAUUAUAGGGACGGGCGUGAGAACCUCAGAGAAAUUGUUUUAUAGGAAUGGUGAUUUUAAUAAACGACCCGAAGUUUCAUAUGGGGAUGGUGAUGGAACGGUUAGUAGGGUGAGCUUGUUGGCUCUUCAGUCACUCUGGAAAUAUGAGACAAAUCAAAGCCUGAAAGUGAUCGAGAUUGAUGGUGUGUCUCAUAUUUCAAUACUAAAGGAUGAAGUUGCACUUGAUGAAAUAAGAGGAGAGAUUAGUAGAAUUAAUUCUCAUGUUCAGCUUGGUUUAAGCAAAUUUUUUUGGGAUAAAUGAUGGGGAGUGAUCAUGGACAUGGAUCCAAUAACAGAAAGCUACUUGAUGGAUAGUUAUAUGUCCAAAAUUCCAGUGCCCCUGCAAAUUAUAUUUUGUAUGGAAUUUACAUUGGAUUUGGUUCAUGUUGAUUAUUAAGAUGAGAAUGUAAUGUAUUGAUACGAGAGUAAAAGAUGCAAAUUAUAGUAAGAUUUAUUAUUAUUAU